UCUGGAGACUGCAAUCAGAAGCUACUUCAGCGUUGUGCGCUCUCAUGUGUUUGUCAGUGAUGCAGAAUUCGAGAUGCAACUUCACAGAUAAGUUCUUUGGUUUGUUGCAGCACCCGAGCUGCAGAAAUGCUGGCAUUGUUGCUCUGCCGGUCGUCUUUCUGAAGGGUCACUGUAGGAAAAAGUAUUUAGAAUAGAUUCACAUCUGUCUAGGAUGGGCAUCUCUGUGGAUUCUGGUUCUAAAUGGCUCAGAGAUGAAGCACUAAUUCAAGAGAACAAUUGUUGAGGACUUAGAAAAGGAAAUGUGGUGCAAGAACUUUGUGAAACAAAUGCAUGCGUGAAGGAGGGCAGUAGUGGGUGAGUUCUGCAGCCAGAGGAAGUGGGCACCGAGGGGACUGAGGGGGUGAAGCUCCAGUAAAACUGGGUCAUUCAGGACUGUUAUCAGCAGAUCUUUGGAAGGUUUGGGUCCUGAAGACAGACGUGCAACACGAGACCAGAGAGCCCUUGUGUGACAAACACUCCCCUUCCUGCAGCCUCUGACCACACAGGAGUCGAGACGAGCCGUCUCUCUUCUGUCGUCCACCUAAAUGUUGGGGGUCACUUCUUCAGCACCUCACUGAGCAUGCUCAGAAAGCACCCCAACUCCAAGCUGGCAGAGCUGUUCAGCGGACAGCCCCGGCUGCGGACCGACCCUCAGGGGCGGUACUUCAUCGACCGCGACGGUUCCCACUUCGGAGCCGUCCUGGAGUUCCUGAGGUCGGAGCAGCUCCCCACCGCCAACAUCCUGGAGGUUCAUAAGGAGGCGGUCCACUACGACAUCAAACCGCUGAUCAAGCGGCUGGAGGAGACCCCUCCGCUGUUUGGAGAGCUGGUGGGGAGGCAGCAGUUCCUCGCCAAAGUCCCACAUUACCAGGAAAACAUUGAGGUGCUGAUCCGCAUCGCCAGAGCCGAGGCCAUCGCCGCACGCCACUCCACCAUCCUGAUCUGCGUGCUGCGAACGGACGAGGAUCUGGGUUACUACGACAACGCCAUAAACAACCUGGAGGCCGACAAGGAUUCGUUGGUGACGUUCGGGCCGUGGAAGGCGGCGCCGUCCGUCAGAGACCUGCUGGACUGCGUGAAGAUGGACAUUGAGCGUCAGGGCUACAGAGUGAGCAUCGAACCUCACGUCACGGGGAGGCUGUUCCUGUCCAGGAGCUAUGACUUCUUCUACAAACUCACCUUCACCUGGUGGUGAGGGAACUGCAGUCCCUCAGAACCACCUCCAUUAGUACAACGUUUGUGCUUAAAAAUGAACUUUUAGAUCUUCACUGGACAGAAAAACGAGCAUCUUUCACUGAUAUCGAUGUUGAACAGAGUCUUGAGUUCUUCAAGAAGCUCUUCCUUUCCUUCCUGCAGCUUCUCAGCAUCAGCCUCAGUUUCAGAUCCAUGUCUAACAUCUGCUGCCGUCACGCCGGCUCAGAGUUUUCACAGCUUUCAGGGGAAAUUCUGAUUCGGGGCACGGCCCUGCGUCAGACUCUCAGCGUUCGCUAAUCCAACAACCACUUGAAGGGAAACUGAAAGGUGCAAACGGUGAGCGGCGGCAGAACAGGGCAGGGCACGCCACCACAUCCUGUGUGAUCAGCGCGGGGAAAAACAAGAGGGGACGCUCGCCGUCGGUCAGCGGAGAGGACACUGGCACCGAGCGAGCUCCGCUCUCGGUCUGCACAUCCACGAUAAAACCUGAAGGUCAGGAUUCCUCAUUCAGCAGAUGGAGCCCCCGGGAGCACGUCCUGUUAUAACUCGAAUUUUCAAUAAAGAUUAACACAAAAAAUCCUUCA